AUGACCAUUCUGGUCUCUCUUUCAGACUGGAAAGCUAGCAGCGGUAAAGUUUAUGGUUCGGACGCCAUUUUCCUCAAUACCGAGCAAACAUACAUUCGAGAUACCAUCAUGAAAUCCUCUAUUGAUAUAUUCUCAUCAGCGUUGAAUAUUACCGGGGUUGGUAUUGAGAAGAACAUUGUUCGGAAUCUUGGUUCCAUUGAGCGAGUAUCAAUUUACGACUACUCCACCUCAGUGGUUGGAAAUCACAAAGCUCCCUCGAAAUUAGAGACGUUUCAAUUCACCAACAGCACAGCUUUAGCAAAAACAAUAGACUAUGCCAUUGGUGUUGGAAACUAUGCUUCUAUCGGAAUCGCUUUGCUUAUUUUACUAAUUGUACAAAUUUUGUUUUGGGUGAUAACAUCUUGUUAUGCAACAUGGUCCAUGUGUUGCUGUAAACCCAGUAAAAAAGAUAGGGAGCGCAGAAUGCAAGAUCACGCGAAAUGGGCCUUGGACCAUAAGAAGAAAAAACGAGUGACCACAUGCUGUCGAGUGUUUUUAUUAGUCUUAGUGAUUUUUAACAUUUUGGCUGUACUCAAGCUGUUUAAUCAAGGUUUAAUGAUGUACAAUGAGGUGGAGUCUCUUGCACAAGAUGUGUUGGGGUUUGCAGGAAAUAUACCAACUACCAUUGAUCUAAUUGAACAAAGCGUCAGUAGUUUAAAAACAAACAUUUUGAACAAGCUACCCAGCGAUGAAAAAAAGCAAUCAUGGUCCACCUGCCUUUCAGACAUGAUAUCUUUGAUUCCUGAUUUUUCCACAACAACACAAGAGGUGGACACACUCAACUCGUACAUUAAUUCACACCUCAAAACUCCUCUCACCCCUCUCAAGCUGUCCAUCUCGGGGUAA